CUCGGGUGUUCCACAGGUGGGGAACAUCAUUGUGGAAAGUCUCUCAGGAUCACAGCAAAACAUCCCUGAAUAUUCAUAGUGUCACCCUUGUAACUAAUAAAAACACGGGGUGCAUUUAACUUGCAAAUGGAGGUGUCGUGGAUUAGCAGAACAAGCCCCUAUCAAAAACCUGAAACCAGAUCGUCGAGACCAGUUGACCCACUUAAAACCGUGUCAACGGCACGUCCAGAGGAACCCAACAGAGGUUUAAAUAAAAAAAGAUGCAUUGAAAAAGUUGAAAAAAAGAAUAGAAGUCCAUUGACAAGUCCAUAGCCUUUCCGAGAAUAAAAACCCUUUUUCUUGCACAAAACUCGAAGAGACUCCAGUAAAAAGAGGAACAACUUAAAAAAAAACGUAGAAGCCUAAAAAAGGGCAAAAAGAAUGGAUGUGUACCAGUGCGCCUGGAAGAGUCGCUGAAGAGUCAUCAAGAAGAUGACGAGUGGAAUCGAAAGGGAUAGCGGGCACGCGUUGCGUAUACAAAACAAAAAGUGAGAAAACUAUAAAAAAAAAAACCUCUGGAAGAGUCGAGUGCCUUGAAUCAGUGCUGGUAGCACGAGAUCUUGUCCCCCAAAACCGUAAAAACCGAGGAAGAAAAGCGGAAGAGGGCCAGAAUCAGAGAGCAUCACCGAGGAGUCCAUCAUCCACUGGAGAAAAUAGACUGAUUUGUCCCCUCGAGACAGAAACUAAUGACGACCAGUGAUUAAAGAUAAAAUGCCCGAUGGUGUCAGCUGUACGUUCGUCCCUGUCGUUUUGGUAUCACGAUGAAGGCUUCUUGGUUGUUCUCAGCGUCAUGUACAUCUCCAAGGUGUAUUUUCUGUAUCAUACGUGUGUGCGCACGGCCAUGGAUACAACAUAACGAAAGGAAAGGCAGGGAACGUGAAGAGGAGGUGGGAGAUGACGAGGGUGGAGGAAGGGGGGUAGAUGAGGCCGGUGGCAGGAGUGAAGGCAAAGAGGCAAAGAGGCAUAUUCCAAUAGUCCGGUUGACUCGGCUCAGUCCGAUCCAAACCACUGCCACGGUCACCACUUCUGUACUUCAAUGCUUUUUUGAAUAAACAACCGAUUGCCGCCACUCGUAACUCACCCCAAUACACGACAAUCCGGAUAAAUUCAAAUGCAUUAAUUCAGUGGACAAUCUGUACCUGUGACGUGCUUUGUGUUUUUGUACAUCAGCGUCUUAUCAUUUUUAAGAGGUUCACUGAAGAACUUUUUACUCUGCAAGUUGACAAGUCUUCACAUGGAGGUGACAACGGGCUCCAAUCACAGGAUGAAAGAAAAUGGAAUAAAUUGAAGCUGAGGAAACGAGCUGAGAGGGAAUUAGAUAGUCAGCACCGAGGAUCAAACAGAAGUGGGUGAGAAGAGGAGAGGAAGGGUCAGGGUUCAACCAAGAGGCGUUAAAUAAAAUUGAAAGAAAAAAAAAGAAGUGGGAAAAGGAGUGAAGGGGGAAAAGGAUGGUGGUCGAAUGGCUGUGUCCUGGACUGAGGCCCACUGGUAGUCGCAGGCCUCGGAUUCUCCACUGCAAGGUCAUUCUUCUGGAUGAACACGAAUUACUGCAGGAUGUACUUAGUUCAAAUCUGGGUCAAGAGUUACUGGACCGUGUCUUCCGGCAUCUAAAUCUCCUGGAGACGGCGUACUUCGGUCUUCGUUACCUGGACCACGAGAAUCAGACACAAUGGCUGGACCCGAGUAAAAAAAUAGCCAAGCAGUUGAAAGUGAGGAAGGGUGAUCCCAUGCCCGACACUCAUACCCUCUAUUUUGGGGUGAAAUUCUACGCCGCCGAUCCCUGCAAACUCAUCGAGGAAAUCACGAGGUAUCAAUUCUUCCUGCAAGUCAAACAGGACAUUGUUCAGGGGAGACUUCCAGUUUCAUUCGAUUUGGCUGCGGAACUUGGCGCUUAUGUUGUACAGUCGGAACUCGGUGAUUACGAUCCCAGGAGGCAUUCCCUCGGAUACGUCACGGAAUUUAGAUUUCUGGCCAAUCAAACAGCGGAACUUGAGGCCAGAAUCGUUGAGCUCCAUAAAACACUUGUGGGUCAACUCCCCUCCGCUGCGGAGCUCAAUUACUUAGAUAAAGUUAAAUGGCUGGAAAUGUACGGAGUUGAUUUGCAUCCAGUAUUGGGGGAAGAUAACGUCGAGUAUUUUCUCGGCCUCACACCCAGCGGAAUUAUCCUUCUCCGGAAUAAAACUAAAGUGGGAAAUUAUUACUGGCCACGGAUCAAUAAAAUAUACUAUAAGGGUCGUUACUUCAUGCUCCGAGUGAGUGAAAAGAAUUCGGAGGAGCGAACCCAUGGAUUCGAGACACCAUCGAGAGGUGCCUGUCGUCACUUAUGGAAAUGCUGCCAAGAGCAUCAGUCUUUCUUCAGGCUGAUGGCGACAGGUCCACCACCACUGAGUCCGUACUCUCGUUUCCGCUCUUACAGUCCACCGACCUCUGAAAAACAUCAGGGCUCAAUUCGUCGUAAUCCACCACCAGCAUUUCAACGUGCACCGAGUCGUCGGGCCCAGAGGCGUGUUGUUGAGGGCCAGGAGAUGGUUGGACCGUUUGUUGAAACUCCAGCAAUCGAUCGUAACAUUACGAUCAACUCGAGUAACUGCAGUGCCUCGAGGCACGUUAAUAAUUCCAGCCCAAGAAGCACUAGGAGUGCACCGUGGACACAGAGUCAACCUCGUGGACUUUAUACGUCAUCGAGUCCACGUUCCGUCAGAUCGGCAGGCACUGCACCUGCUCUACUGAGUCGCCUUCAACGGAGAAGUUCCUCGGUGGAGAGCCAGAGCUCUGGUGACAGUCACAGUCGAAGUGGCCACAGAAGAAGAAGCCACAGCCACAGUCACAGAAGACACAGUCGCCACUCGGAUUGCGAAUCGGAAAUGUCUAGAGGCUCUGACAGUAGAUCCGGUCACAGAAAACACCGGAGAAAACACCGAAGCUCUAGGAAUUCACGACACGAAUUGGUGGACUCGGAGCCACAAUGGAGAGAGGCCCAGAGGAGAAAAGGAGAAGGAGUUCAAAGAGCCGUGGUCAGUCACACAGAGCCCAGGAGACGACACAGAAGUAGACACCGGUCCCCAUCUCAAAAAUUGCCAGACGAGCUUAGAAAACACUUAGAGUUUAGUUUAAUCGACACUUCAGGAAUGAGUGAGCAACAGCGUCGUGAGAUAUCCUACAAAGUGGUGCAAACUCAGGGGCUCACUCAGGUGCACCAGCAGUCGGUGAAUCCUCGUCUGAAUGGCGUAGAUGCCUCGUUACCACCUAGACCGAUUUCGACGAUCGACAGGCGAGAGAGACGAGUGCGUCACAGUCGAGAGGGAAUUUACGAGGCAACAUCGAUAAGGUCCAGUCGAUAUGAACCAAAGUAUCCGGAUGUUAGGUACGAUUAUGAGAGGAGAGAUUGUGACACGAGUGCACGAAAUAGCCGAGUACUCGUGGGAAGUAAUGCUGACAGUGGACUUGGGGAGAGCACACCCCAGGAUUUCUCCAGCUGCUGUUCCAGCUCAGCCGACAGCACGAGGGCACUACGAGUGACGCAAAUGCCACUAUUGGGAGAUGGGCGCUAUGAUCUGCCUUCGAAUCAAGAAAAUUCGUCUGUUGAUGCUACUCUGGAUGCAGUACUUCAGCCAAUUAUCUCAACAUUAACGCGAAGAUCUAGGAGCCACCCCAAAUGAAGAACUCGGAAAUCAUCACCAGGGAGUCAAUGUUUUUUUACACUUAAUAAA